AUGAAGGGGCCCCUCCAGCGCGCCCUUAUGGGCCUCUCUGCAGCCCGCAGCGCAGCUGACUAUAGAAGAGAAACGCAGCAGCUGCUGGAUGCCUUAGACAGCAGCAGCAGCAGCAGCAGCAGCAGCAGCAGCAGUGCUGGGGAUGAUGUGUGGAGCGUUUCGGUGCUGGUAUCUGUGCAGCAAGUUGCUGCUGCUGCUGCACUGCAGCAGCUGCUGCGCUGUCUGCCAGCGCAGCAGCAGCAGCAGCAGCAGCAGCAGCAGCAGCAGCGAAAGGCUCCUGCUGCUCUCUCAGCUCGAGACAGUUUGCUGCUGCUGUCUGUCGUAGAUAGAGCAGAUAGCUGCAUUGUCUCUCUCCUUCAUCUUGGUGCUGCUGCUGCUGAUGUUGCUGCAGCAGCAAAGCCCCUAGACGCAGCAAUAGAUGCGGUGCUGCUGCUGCUGCAGCACAUCCGCAGCAGCAGCAGGGCGCGUCUCCUUGUCGAGCAGCAGCAGCAGCAGCAGCAGCAGCAGAUGCAGUAUCAGCAGCAUGCAACCACCAAAGGCAUUCAUGCUGCUGCAGCUGCUGCAGCAGCAACAGCAGCAGCAGCAGCAGAGUGGGAAAAAAGCUGCAGCAGAGUGCUGCAGCUGCUGCUGAAGCAUCCGCAAAUUGUUGACGGGCUACCACAGACGAGAAAAGGCAGCUUGCUGUUUCUGGCCUACGUGCCGCAGCCGCAGCAGCAGCAGCAGCAGCAGCAGCAGCAGCAGCAACAGCAGCAGCAGCAGCAGCAGCAGGGAGAAGGGGAGAAUACACAGCAGCAUCUGCGGGAGACGCAAAACUCUUCUAUGAAGUGGCUGCAAACACAAAUGCCACGGCAGCAGCAGCAGCAGCAGCAGCAGCAACUGCAGCAGCAGCAGCAGCAGCAGCAGCAACAGCAGCAAGAGGAAACCGGGGGCCUUUGGCUUCAGCCUGUAAUAGAUUCUGUAUUCCCAAGGACCACCCCUAACCGGCAGCAGCAGCAGCAGCAGCAGCAGCAAACGCAGCUGCAGCUGCAGCAGCAGCAACAGCAGCAGAAGCAGAUGGCUGACGAAGCAGCGGCUGCGGCUGCAGAAGCAGCAGCAGCAGCAGCAGCAGCAGCAGCAGAGUGGGAGCCGCUGCUGCUGGUGGUGCUGCAGAGCCUAUACCGCCCCGACCUGCUGCUGCAGCUGAGCUGUGAAGGCCGCGACAGUUUGCUGCUGCUGCUGCGGCUGCUGCUGAAGUGCCUCAGGGGGCCCUCGAUAUUCGCUCCUGCUGCAGCACGGCAACUCCGGUUGCUUCGGGACUUGCUGCGUAGCGUGGUGACGUGUACACCGUGGUUGAUAGGCCAGGAAGCAGAAGCAGCACAAGGGCCGCAGCAGCAGCAACUCUGCUGCUUCAGCGGCCGCUUUGCUGUUGCUGCUGCUGCUGCUCUCUCUCCUUCUUUGUCUUCUCUCGGCAUGCACGGAGAACCGCCAUUCUUGCUGCUGACUCCCCUCAACACCUUCAAAAAUCUAGGACCCUCCUCUGCUGCAGCAGCAGCAGCAGCAGCAGCAGCAGCAGCAGCAGCAGCAGUGGCAAGGGGAGCAGCAGCAACAGCAGCAGCAGCAGAUGGGAGCGCAGCAGCAAGUGCUGUGCUCCGUUUGCUGCCGUGCGUACUGCAGCAGACACACAAACCAGCCAGCUGCUGGCAGCAACAGCAGCAGCAGCAGCAGCAGCAGCAGCAGCAGCAGCAACAGCAGCAGCAGUUUGAGGCAGCAGAGUCCGGGCAAGUUUCUCUGCCCCCCGAACAAAUGCUGUGCUCCGUUUGCUGCCGUGCGUACUGCAGCAAACACACAAACCAGCCAGCUGCUGGCAGCAACAGCAGCAGCAGCAGCAGCAGCAGCAGCAGCAACAGCAGCAGCAGCAACAGCAGCAGCAGUUUGAGGCAGCAGAGUCCGGGCAAGUUUCUCUGCCCCCCGACGGCAACGAAAAGAUGCAGCUGCAUUGACCCAGCAGCAGCAGCAGCAACAGCAGCAGCAGCAGCACCAAAAGCAGCAGCAGCAGCAGCAGCAGCAGCAGCAGCAGCAGCAGCAAACCCCCCUCCAAGGGGCUUGCUGCUGCAGCGUGGGGCCCUCAUUGGGAGCUUUCUUUUAUACAAAAUUCAACAAAGACACGAACACACAACACCAGCUAACUACGGCUUCUGCUGCAGCAGCAGCGAAGUCCUUCAACUCUGUGCUGCUCUUCGGGAGGAGGGGACGCAUGCAAACGAGGAUUUGCUGCUGCAGCUGCUGGUGCAUGCGGAUCGCUUUGCUGCAGCGGUGCAGCAGCAGCAGCAGCAGCAGCAGCAGAUAGCUCGCUUCAUGCUGCUGCCCCCCUCAUUGCUGACUCCUUCAUACUUGCUGCUGCUGCAGCUGCUGCUGCUGCUGCUGCCCCGCAAGGCCACACGCCGAGCCGUGCGUUUGCUGUUUGAGCCCCCUUUCUUAUGCAGCAGGUUGCUGCUGCCAGCAGCAGCAGCAGCAGCAGCAGGAGCAGCAGCAGCAACAGCAGCAGCAGCAGCAGCAGCAGCAACAGCAGGGUUGCUGCUGCCAGCAGCAGCAGCAGCAGCAGGAGCAGCAGCAGCAACAGCAGCAGCAGCAGCAGCAGCAGCAACAGCAACACGCAUCCUAGAUCCCAGUGUGUGGCUGCUGGAGGUGUUUGCUGCUGCUUUGCUGCUGCAUAAGGAGAACGUUGCUGCUGCUGCUGCUGAGCAGCUGUUUGUGUAUCUUCUUGCUGCUGUAAGGAGACAGAAGGAGUUGCUGCUCCCUAGACACCGCAGAAAGAGACAGCAGCAAACCCUUGCAUCGUUGCCUGCUGCUGCUGUCUUGCUGCUGCAGCUGCUGCGCUGCUACGCUGGAGAUACACCCCACGACAGCAGCAGCAGCGGGCCGCUGCUGCAGCAGCAGACGCAGCAGCAGUCUCUUCUCAGGGUGUGGGAGGGGGGUGUUUGCUCUGCAGCAGCAGCAGCAGCAGCAGCAGCAGCAGGAACAGCAGCAACUGCAGCAACAGCAGCAACUGCAGCAGCAGCAGCAGCAAGUGCAGCAGAGAAGCCGCAGCAGGUUACUCUCGAUUCCAGGUGUCUUUGUGAAGGGCCUCUGCAUGCAUUUGCUGCUGCUGCAGCAUAUGCUGCUCGGGGUGUACGUUCUGUUGCUGCUGCAGUGCUGCUGCUGUCGUCGAGCUGCGGCGUCCCCGCAGCAGCAGCAGCAGCAGCAACAACAGCAGCAGCAGCAGCAGCGCAGCGGCUAUCGUUCAAAGGAGACGAAGAAACAGCAAAAAACAUAAACUCCCUCAUCAGCAGCAGCAGCAGCAGCAGCAGCAGCAGCAGCAAGAGAGAAGCCCCUCUAUCUGAAGAGCUGCAGAUACACUCCAUUGAAUCAGCAACAGCAACAACAGCAGCAGCAGCAGCAGCAGCAGCGGGGCUGCCGCUGCUGCAGCUGCGGCCUGUUGCAUGCGGAACAGCAGCUCUUGUGGCGCUGCAGCAAAGACAAACUCUGCUGCGGUGUAUCUGCAGCUUUCUGUACGAGAGCAGCAUGAACCUUCUUGCUGCUCUUGCUGCAGCAGGGAAUGCAGCAGCAGCAGCAGCAGCUGUUGCUGCUGCAGCAACAGCCUCACCAACAGCAGCAACAGCAGCAGCAGCAGCAGCAGCAGCAGCAGUUUUCGGCGGAGACAGAAGCCUGGGGGCCCCCGGGGGCCCCGGGGGCCCCUGGGGCCUGGGGGCCCCCGGGGGCCUCGGGGGCCGGGGGGGCCCCGGGGGCCCCGGGGGCCCCGGGGCCUUGCUCCCUUGGCUGUGCUGCCUGGCUAGCUUUUCUUUGCCUGGAGAUGCAGCAACCCCAGAAGCAGAUCUGUCUCCUUCUUUGAUUGUCUUAUCGAAGAACAGCAGCAACUGCAGCAACUGCAGCAGCAGCAGCAGCAGCAGCAAGUGCAGCAGAGAAGCCGCAGCAGUGCUGCUGCUGUCGUCGAGCUGCGGCGUCCCCGCAGCAGCAGCAGCAGCAGCAACAACAGCAGCAGCAGCAGCAGCGCAGCGGCUAUCGUUCAAAGGAGACGAAGAAACAGCAAAAAACAUAAACUCCCUCAUCAUCAGCAGCAGCAGCAGCAGCAGCAGCAGCAGCAGCAAGAGAGAAGCCCCUUUAUCUGAAGAGCUGCAGAUACACUCCAUUGAAUGUUUGCUGCUGCUGCGGCCGCUGCUGCUGCUGUCUCCUCUCCCUGCUGUCUCUGUCUUUGACGGCCCCCCCGUGCUGCGCGUCUCUGCUGCUGCUGCUGCUGCUGCUGCUGCUUUGGGCGCGGCGGAUACAGCAGCAACAGCAGCAGCAACAACAGCAGCAGCAGCAGCAGCAACGGGGCUGCCGCUGCUGCAGCUGCGGCCUGUUGCAUGCGGAACAGCAGCUCUUGCGGCGCUGCAGCAAAGACAAACUCUGCUGCGGUGUAUCUGCAGCUUUCUGUACGAGAGCAGCAUGAACCUUAUUGCUUCUCUUGCUGCAGCAGGGAAUGCAGCAGCAGCAGCAGCAGCUGUUGCUGCUGCAGCAACAGCCUCACCAGCUGGCCCUACCUACUCUAUAGACCCUUCAUUCAACCCGACAACAAGCAGCAGCAACAGCAGCAGCAACAGCAGCAGCAGCAGCAGCAGCAGCAGCAGUUUCCGGGCUUGGAUGGUGGAAGCUUGCUGCUUCAUGACGAGCCUCAAGUUUGCUGCUGCUGCGCUGCCUCUGCAUGCAUGGGUCUCUCCUGCUUGCUGGGCUGUAUCUCCAGCGGAGACAGAAGCCUGGGGGCCCCCGCGGGCCCCGGGGGCCCCUGGGGCCGGGGGGCCCCCGGGGGCCUCGGGGGCCGGGGGGGCCCCGGGGGCCCCGGGGGCCCCGGGGCCCUGCUCCCUUGGCUGUGCUGCCUGGCUAGCUUUUCUUUGCCUGGUCAGAGCAGCAGCAGAAGAGCUGCAGCACGAGCAGCAGCAGCAGCAGCAGCAGUGGCGUGAUGGUCCUCAGUUGUCUCAAGAAAGAAGCAGAGCAGCAGCAGCAGGUGCUGCUGCUGCAGCUUCUGCAGCAGCAGCAGCAGAUGAUUGGCUGCAGCAGCGGGGACAGGGAUUUGCAGCAACUAGCAAAGAGCUUUGCAGGGGAAUCACCAGCAGCAGCAGCGAGGUGCGUUUGAGAGUGCUGCAGCCGGUGACCUCUGGGGGUUUGCAAACGACAGGAGGCAUCCAGCAGCAGCAGCAGCAGCAGCAGCAGCAGCAGCAGCAGCAGCAGCAGCGAGGUGCGUUUGAGAGUGCUGCAGCCGGUGACCUCUGGGGGUUUGCAAACGACAGCUUCAGCAGCAGCAGCACUUUUGAAUCUGCUGCAGCAGCAAGACCCAUGCUGCAGCAGCAGCAGCAGCAGCAACAGCAGCAGCAGCAGCAUGCCACGCCAGACUAUGGGCGACCGGACCCUACAACAGGAGAGGAAGCUGCUGCUGCUGCUGCUGCUGCUGCUGCUUUGUCUUUGCUGCCGUCUCAGUACUUAGUGCUGCGGUGGCUGCUGCAGUCUGUUGUCCUCUUCUCUCUCGCCCCGACGGGAAGCAGCAGCAGCAGCAGCAACCUGCAGCAGCAGCAGCAGCAGCGGCAGCAGCAGCAGCAGCAGGGAGAUGAUAAGCUGCAGCAGGGGCUAGAUGGCACGCUGGCUGUCUUGGCGUUGCUGCAUGAGUUUGCAGUCGGCUGCAGCAGCAGCAGCAACAGCAGCACCAGCAGCAGCAGCAGCUUCAUGGAGCAGCACGUGCAGCAGCUACUGCCUCUCUGCGGCCCACAGCAGCAGCAGCAGCAGCAGCAGCAGCAGCAGCAGCAGCAGAUCCACCGUCUCCUACCUCUUGCUUUGUGUCUCUUCUCGCUGCAGCAACCCGAAGCAAAAGGCAGCAGCAGCAAACGCAUAAGUGCUGCAGCAGCAGCUCGCCUGCUGCAGCUGCUGACAGCAGCAUCUCUGCUGCUAUCUACAGACUGUCAACUCGCGCUGCUGCAACCCGCGGUCUUGUCUUGGUUUGUUUGUAUGUGUGCCUGUCUCCUUUCUUCUUUUCCUUCUGCUGCUGCUGCUGCUGCUGUUGCUGCUGCGCUGCUGCGGGUGCUGCGCUGUCUCCGCAUGCAACUUGCUGCUUCUUCUUUCGUGUGGGGCCCCCCAGCAGCAGCUGCUGCACUGUCUCUGCACCUCGUCACUGCCGUGCUUGUCCCGCUCUCCCCUCAAGACAUAGCACACCCUUUGCUGCUGUGUGGGGUGGGGGGAGAAGCGGGAGGAGAGUUCGUGCGUUGUCUGGUGGCCUCGGGAUCGGUCUCCUCCUGGCUGCUGCGUGCGCUGCUGCCGAGCAGCUCUGCAGACCCCUCUGCUGCUGCUGCUGCUGCUGCUGCUGCUGCUCCUGCUGCAGUGGGGGUGGGCAGCGAAGACCCAGCAGCAGCAGCAGCAGCAGCAGCAAGACAGGUCCGGUCCUCACGAAUGUUCACAAGGAGAGCAACAGCAACAGCAGCAGCAGGAGCAGCAGCAGGCAUUGUAUGA